GACGUCUAGAAUGGAAAGGGGACAAACAUUGACCUGACCAUACGGGGCACUGAAAUUGCUUAGCUGGAACCGGGGAGUGUGAUGAAGCAGCCGGUACUAAAUUGUGGUACAGAAGUGGAAUAUAUGCCUAUACAUGAGUGUUUCUAAGUGCCCUGCAUGGAGCCAGAAGAGAAGAUCCAGGAUGGCCACAGGCCAUGUUUGGGCCUCUCUACUCGCCAGGCUCUGUCACGCUUGCAAGAACAGUUGUCAUUGGCCCUGGGAAACCACCAGAGACAAAAGAACAAGACAUUUCUGAGAAAGGACUGGAAGCAGAGCUUCCUAUAUCAUGGCAACCGCUCCUCUUGCUUCCAUUGGCCUGGCGCUGCUCUUAUGUUGCUUGCUACGUUUUUACUUGUAUGCUGUUACGGCAGCCAGCCUGAAGGGAGUCAGGGCUCUGAAUUGGGUAAUGCCUUGGCCCUCUUGCUUUUGCUUCUCCUUGAUUUGUUUCUAAUGAGACGACUGGAGAUUCUUAAAGAAAGAGAAGUGGAAAGGAGACUGACAAAGAUCAUCACAGAGAUUAAUGAUGCUCUGAAGAGUGGGCUGGAGAUGAUUUGGGGGGACACUCUCUAUCCUGAUCUGUAUAUGCCAACGGCUCCUUCAUGGUCUCUUCACUGGGCGUAUCGAGAUGGAAGACUUGUCAACCUGCCGGUCAACUUGUUGGUGGAUGGGGAUAUUAUAGCUCUACGGCCAGGACAGGAAUCAUUUGCUUCUCUACGUGGAAUGAAGGACGAUGAGCACAUUGUCCUAGAGCCAGGAGACCUCUUUCCUCCUUUCUCUCCUCCACCAUCCCCACGUGCUGAGGGUAAGAGGAUUCCCCACGACCCACAGCAACAUCACCUCUUCCGUGUCCUGAAAACACCUGUACUGGAAAAUGUCAGGAGCUGGCUGGAUCGGGCCCUCACUCGCCCCGGAACUGCUCUGGAUAAUGAGAGGUUUACAGUUCAGUCUGUGAUGCUGAUAUAUGCUGUUCCCAUCAUUGUGGUAACCUUCCUUAUCACCAACGCCUUGCGUCUUCUGUUCCAUGCUCCUGGCAUCCCGCCUGCGCCGUAUGCGCUGCUGCAAUUGCAGGUGAACGCUGUGAUACCGGUGCUUCCCCUUCUUUUCCCGGUUAUGUGGAUCCUAGUAACGGCGCUAGGAGAGGCGCGUGUUCUGGCUCAAAUGAGCAUGAUUUCUCCAACUGCCUUGAUGGCUAAGUUUUCUGAAGAUACUCUCAGCAGCUAUACCGAGGUAGUGUCUGCACAGGAAUUGAUGCGCUGCACGUGUUCACACUUUCUCCGUGUCCUCGUGGGAAGCUCUGAGAAUCUGGCAUACACCUCAAGCUUGCUGCAUGGCCUAGGAUCUGUUACUGUGCUAUGCUGUGUGGAUAAGCAGGGCAUCCUCUCGUGGCCUAAUCCCAGCCCAGAGACGGUUCUGUUUUUUAGUGGAAGGGUAGAUCAGGCUACAGACAGACACGAGGAUAUGGCUGACCAGAUGUCCCUACGCUCCUACUGCCAGGCUGAGCUUGAAGAUGAGCCACAAGAGAUGGUUGCACUUCUGGCAAACACAGACACUUUGCAAUUAGUGAAUGAGAAUGACACAAACGAACAGCCUGCCGAUCCCAGUAAGCCUAAUGAAAGAAAGGUACACACUCGGAGCAAACAUGCUUCUGGGUCUAACGUGAGCUUCAGUCAAGAUGCAGGAGGGCUGCUUAAUAGUGAAAUGGAAGAUUAUAUAUGUGACUGUCACCUAGAGAUGCUCCGUCUGUCACAAGAUCAACAGAAUCCACAGAGCAUCCAGUUUGAUGAAUCCAACUGGCAACUCCAUCUGAGCUCUCUCAAACCUAUAGGACUAAAUGUGCUACUAAACCUCUGUAACCCUGGAGUGACUACCACCCUCUGCCGGUUCUCUGACCAUAUGAGGCACAUAGCUCUGCAAGAAACACAAUGUUCUGUGCUUCCGGGGCACAUUCCCUGGGGCCUGUGUGACUUCUCCAGGCUAAUUGGAUUCACUCCGGGAGCCAAGGAUCUGUUUAAAUUACAGAAUCACGUGUCUCUCUACCGCCUUCCAAAUGAUGAGUCUGUGAAAGAGACAUUGCUGUCUAAGUUUCCGUUAUCUACCAAGCGGAGACCCCUCCUCAGCCAUAUGAUCAGUCUUUUUGUGAGGGAUCUUACUACUAACACUGAGCAGAUGCUGUCCCAUGGAACAGCCGACGUUAUCCUUGAAGCUUGCACAGAUUUCUGGGACGGAGCUGACAUCUACCCUCUUUCUGGGUCUGACAGGAAGAAGGUUUUGGAUUUCUAUCAGCGUGCCUGCCUAUCUGGCUACUGCUCAGCAUUCUCUUACAAGCCCAUGCAUUACUCCUUGUCACACCAGCUUCAUGGAAAAUGUAUAGAGAUGCAGCAUACUCCUGGCCAAAGCACCAUUUCUGCUUUAUGUGACUCUGGUGGAACUAUCCCUCUCAAAACCACUGGCCGACACGAUAGCUGGAGCUCUGAUGAAGGCAUUGGAGAAGUGGCAGAGGAUUUUACACAGGCUCUAAGUGGUCAGAUUUUCAUGGGAAUGGUGUCUUCUCAGUAUCAGGCUCGUUUGGACAUUGUGCGUCUAAUAGAUGCUUUAGUGAAUGCUUGCAUAAGAUUUGUCUACUUUUCCAUGGAGGAUGAACUCAGGAGCAAGGUAUUUGCAGAAAAGAUGGGUCUGGAAACUGGGUGGAACUGUCACAUAUCCCUAACACCUAAUGGUGAAGGACCAGGGUCAGAAGUUCCACCAUCCAGUCCAAGCCAUGCAGGCUCCCUGCGAGAUGACCUUAACCAGACAUCCCGAGAAGAUGCAGAGGGACUCCUCCUUAUGGAAGAUGAGGGUCAUGCUGAUAUGAUUAGCUUUCAACCCACAGAUAGUGAUGUACCCAGCUUCUUGGAAGACUCCAACAGGGCAAAGCUUCCCCGUGGCAUCCACCAGGUUAGACCUCAUCUUCAGAACAUUGAUAAUGUUCCUUUGCUGGUUCCACUUUUUACAGACUGCACCCCUGAAACCAUGUGUGAAAUGAUUCAGAUAAUGCAGGAGUAUGAGGAAGUGACCUGUUGUCUGGGGAGCUCUGCAAGCAUCAGAAACAGUGGACUUUUUUUGCAAAGUGAUAUCAGUAUCUCCCUGGACCCACUCUACCCAUCCCGUUGUUCUUGGGAUAUGUUUGGUUAUGUAAGCGGUCCGUUACGGACAACAGAAACAGAAGUACUCUCGCCUCUGCAACUCUCGGCAUCUCUGAACAGCUUGCCUUGCUCCGUGUCCUUCAGACAGGAGGAAUGUGUGGGCAUCAUCCGUCUCAUUGAGCAGGCUCGUCAUGCUACAUAUGGUAUCAGGAAGUGCUUCCUGUUUCUCCUGCAGUGCCAACUGACCCUUGUCAUCGUGCAGUUUCUAGCGUGUAUGCUGCAGCUUCCUCCACUCCUUAGUACUACAGAUAUUCUAUGGCUGUCUUGCUUCUGUUACCCUUUGCUCAGUGUGUCUCUGCUUGGAAAACCACCUGAUAAUUCCAUUAUGACUGUAGCAACUGGCAAAAACCUUCAUUCUAUUCCCAAAAAGACGCAGCAUUACUUUCUAAUUUGCUUCCUACUUAAGUUUAUGCCAUCAUGCACUUGCUGUCUGGCCUGCUUCUGGUUUUCGCUUCAAAGAUUUUGUGAGAUUUCAUCCUAUAACAACACAACCAACUGUUCUUGCAUCACAGUGCACAGUGACUCUGCAGACUCUCCGGAUUGGUUUGGUUCCCUUUCUGGGGCUCUGCUGCUUGCCCAGAAGCUUGCUGCUUGCCUUAUUGUCCUGCACACAGUGUUCAUUUCAAUAAGUCAUGUGCACCGCUCCAAACCGCUGUGGAAACGAAGCCCUUUCUCUAACAGAUGGUGGAGUCUGACACUGCCAGUGUUGGUGCUGGCGCAGGCACUGCAGACUGCCCUGGACCUGAAACUAUGGACAAACACAGACUCGCCGUUGGCAUUUCACUUUUUGGACAUCCCACUCUUAGCCUGGCUGCUGGGAUCACUUUCACUUCUUAUUGUCCUUGUAAUCAAUGAAAUAGUCAAGCUGCAUGAAAUAAGGGUUCGGGUCCGUUAUCAAAAGCGCCAAAAGCUACAAUUUGAAACAAAACUUGGCAUGAAUUCUCCUUUCUGAAUUUCCCCUUCUCACCAUUCUGUGCAAUUGGGUAUUUACUAUUGUUCAUGACCUUACUUUGUGUCUUACCUCAGGUACGGAUGAGGGAGAGGUGCAGAGGGUUGGUACGUUUCUGAGCUUGAUAUUCCCAUUUGGACGGACAUUGAUAAAAAGCUAUUUAUAUUAUCCCACCACCAGCUGUCACCGCCUGUGCCUCCUCCCUAGCUCCCUUGCCUCCAAGAUCUCCCUGCUUGUUUACAGGCAAUUAGCAGCUGGAGAUAUCACCCUUCCGAGCCAUCACAUCUAUCAUAGUCUUCCCCCUGCACUGAUAAGACGUGGGAAGAGUGUCAACAGUUGUCCUUUUAAAACUGUUUGACCUAAUGCAUGUUUAGUGUGUUUGUAUUUACCCAUGCAACGUUCUAUGCUUACAUCAUUACUCCACCCAGGGCUCUGUGUAGACUCGACGAUAAUGAGAUGCUCUGCAGUGUCCUUAAAACCACUGGAUUGUUGUAGCCCCCAAGUAAUGUAUGCAACAGACAUUGAACAUGCUGUUUUUGUAAUUAUUAAAUAAUGUUUAUUUUCUACAAAAAUAAUCAAAGCACUUGUUGUUAUUUGUAUUAAAAUGUUGUAAAUAAAAUGCGAUUCCAAGUCA